AUGCACUAUCAUGGUAGUCCUACUGUUGAGGGUCUCUGUCAUGACAUGGUCGUUCAACGAGAACUGUUCUCAUGUCUGGCCAGUUCUUGCACUGAACAGUAUGGUCAAGCUUUGACAUAUACUAUCUCCACUUGCUCUCGUCAUGGUGCUACUAUCAGUGAUCUCCUUCCCGUGGAAAUACAACAUACGAGCCUUGCUACGAGGCACUUCAUGCCUCUCGUCUCACGCUCUGAUUCGGCCAGCUUUGGAUUUGAAAGCCGUUUUAGCCUGUCUGUCGACUGUAAAGCCGGAUCUGAUGGUGUUCUUACAUUGUCUCUCCCCGAAUCCACCGCUUCAGUUCACCAAUCUAUUCCCGAUGGUGGUUCCCCCGCCUCACCAGGAGCUGGGAAUGGCAACCUCAAUGCCGGAGCAGGUCCACCAGGUGGUGCCCCAGGCCCGAACAAUGGACCCUUACCAGGAAAUAUAGCAGGCUUAGGUGACGGUCAAGGUAGUCCUUCAGGAGGCACAGGUCCUGGAGGAGGUGGUGGCAAUGAUGGAACUGAGCCCUCAGAUCCCAACGCGGAUUGUGAAGAAAAUAAUUCCAAUAAUGGACCUUCACAGUCUGGCAACAAUGAUGGCCAAUAUCAGCCUGCCCCUGCUCCGGCUCCUGCCAACAGCAAUCCCCAGCCGGAUGGUCAGUCCAACGGCCCUCCUGCGCCAGGACCAGAUACUGCCGAUGGGAACAGUUCACCUGAUAAUCCCCAUCAAGGAAAUCUAGGACAAUCACAGCCUCAACCCGCUCCUGCUCCUGCACCAGCUCCCUCAAGCCCUGAUGGAGGCGAUGGAGCGCCAAAUCAAGAUGGAACUGGCGGCCCGGGAGAGGAUUGCGAUGAGAACGCUCCUCCAGGGCCUGAUGCUAACUCUCCUGGAAACAAUGCUGCUCCAGCCUCUCCUCCAAAUACUGGCGGCUCAGUGGACUGCUCUAUCGAUAUUAACAAUCCAGUAUGCGCCAACCAGAAUCAGCUACCUCCUGGACCUCCAGCACCACAGCCUCCAGCACCUCAACCGCCAGCGCCAGCGCCGGAUUCUUCCACUCCUCAAGGCCCCCCUCCCCCCUGUGGUGCUGAAGCCGGCAUACCAGACUGCCCUGCCUCUCACCAGCCUCCAAAUGGCGAUGGCAACGAUGGUGGCGAUAGAAAUGCGUGCUCGGAUCCCAACUCGAACGUUGGCUGUGGCUCUUCCGAGCCUUCCUCACCCCAGCCUCCUCAGCCAGCACCCCCUGCUGUUCCAAACAAUUGCUCCGGGGACGAAAACUCACCUUGUAACGAUGGAGGUGACGGCGGGUCUAAUCCAGGAUCUAGAAGUCUGCCUGCAAACCCUCCGUCGCCGAAUAGUCCUGAUGUGCCUCCUCCCGAGAUAGGGCCUUCACCCGCUGCCCCUCCGUCUCAACCAAACACAAUCGCUGAUCCUGACAACGGGGCCUCUUGUAAUGGAAAACCCGGCCCUUGUCCCGCAAAUAGUGGUACAGGAAUUCCAGAGCCAGCUAAUCCUCCUUCUCCUGCGUCUCCGCCUUCAACUCCCCCAGACGGCCAAGUCCCUAACGGUCCCCAAGAUAAUGAUGGUACUGGACGGGAAAGCUCCGGUAAAGGAAGUGACAACGGUGAUGGGGGAAAAGGGAACAGCGAUCUUGGACCCCAAGUACCAGAAAUCACAGCACCACCUGUGCAACCCGCUCUGCCUGCAUCAGCAACUCCAGCCCAGCUUCCAGGACCUCCUGUCCAAUCAAGACCCCCUCAGCCUACCGAUUCCAACGCUGUUGGCCGCGCCCACGAGGGACCUCAAGUUAUCACGCCGACAAAUGGCCCUUCAAUGUACUCAUCACCGUCUCAAUUGAAGGAACGUGCCAUGGCUGACAUAGAACGAAGGCAAGAGAAUGGUCAAGAACUUGACACUCCUGGAAAUGACAUCUCUGCUCUGCCUGCCGCUGCUUCAGCGGCAUCAGUUGUCCAAGCAGAUCUUCCAACAGAGUCGGGCAUGCCCGAGCCUUCGUUCGUCGUUUCAAACGACUCGACAAGAGCUCACGGCUACUCACGAACGUCACUGACUUUUGCUGCUCUGGUAGUGUUUGUGACAACAUUUUUCAUGGCUACUGAUAUGAUGCUAUGA